ACCAACUGGGUAAAACAAGAAAAUUGUAGCUUGCCAGUUAAGACAUCUUUAAUUUAUAGUUUGAGUAUGGCGGCGGAACCAUCCAUCACGGCAAUACAGUUCGAGAACCUUGUCUUCCCGGCGGUGGUUACUCCUCCUGGCUCCUCUAAGUCUUAUUUCCUCGCCGGCGCAGGGGAGAGAGGAUUGACGAUUGAUGGAAAGUUCAUAAAGUUCACCGGAAUCGGAGUAUACUUGGAGGACAAAGCGGUGCCAUCACUCGCCGGAAAGUGGAAGGACAAGUCCUCCCAACAAUUGCUCCAAACCCUUCACUUCUACAGAGAUAUCAUUUCCGGGCCGUUUGAGAAACUGAUUAGAGGAUCGAAGAUCCUGGCACUGAGUGGAGUGGAGUAUUCAAGGAAGGUGAUGGAGAAUUGUGUGGCACACAUGAAAUCCGUUGGGACUUAUGGCGACGCAGAAGCUGAAGCCAUUCAACAAUUUGCUGAAGCCUUCAAGAACGUCAACUUCAAACCUGGUGCCUCCGUCUUCUACCGCCAAUCACCACUUGGACACUUGGGCCUUAGUUUCUCCCAAGAUGGCAACAUACCGGAAAAAGAGGCGGCGGUUAUUGAGAACAAGCCAUUGUCAUCGGCGGUGUUGGAGACCAUGAUUGGAGAGCACGCCGUUUCUCCUGAUUUGAAAUGCAGCUUGGCUGCAAGAUUACCUGCCGUUUUGCAACAGGGUAUUAUCGUCACACCACCACAACAUAACUAAUUAAAUCAGGAGCGGAGUUAGAUAAAAUAUUAGAGGAGUCAAAAAAUAUUUAUAUAAUAAAUUAAGAUUAAAAUAAAAUUUUAAGAGGAUUAAACUAAAAUUUAUAUAUAAUUUAUAUGUAUUAAAAUUAAAAUUAGGGACUAUCAUUUUUCUUUCCUAUCAUCUGGUUUUGUCCCUGAAUUAAAUUAUAUAUAUUAAACUUUUGCUCAAAUAAAAAUAAUUGAAAUGUUAAUCACCAUUUUAAUUAUUCUUGUAACUUUUGCCAUCAGCCUCGCUUUUAAUUUAAUUCAUCUACCCCAGUUGUGUUCCUCCAAUUUUAGGAAAUAAAACACUGUUCAGCUUGUUGACUGAGAAAUAAAUUGAAAGAGUUAUAGUUUA